ACAGUGCCGGCGUCUCUGACGGAAAUGGGAUACGGUGCUGUGGAGAGGUUCUCUUGGAGCUCGUCUCUGGAUAUCAUUGAAGAUCUUGCUGAUGAACAAGCUGUAACAGAAGAGAACGUUCUGGUCUGUGAAAGCUCAGCCUGCCUUGAUAAAAGAAGAGCGACGAAGGUAUGUCACCAUGCAGACUGUCAGCUAAUGAACCAAAAGAAUCCUCUGAAUUUGUGUGAGUCAUGUGAUAUCGAGUUCCACAGCACCAUGCACUUUGACAGACAUAUACGCUUUGACUUGCCCCCUCAAGGUUCCAUCCUGGCCCGCAACGUCUCCACAAGGUCAUGUCCUCCACGCACUAGCCCUGCGUCCGACAUUGAGGAAGACGAUGACGAGUUAAUGGACGGAAAAGGGGACAAGAAAACUGCAGGACUGAAGUUAAGCAAGAAGAAAACCCGGAGAAGGCACACAGAUGACCCAAGCAAAGAGUGCUUCACCUUAAAAUUUGAUUUAAACGUUGACAUAGAAACUGAAAUCGUUCCUGCAAUGAAGAAAAAAUCACUGGGGGAAGUUUUGAUACCGGCCUUUGAAAGAAAGGGAAUAGAACUGAACAAAGUGGAUAUAUUCCUGGAUCAGUCCAACACACCUCUAUCACUCAACUUCGAAGCGUACAGAUUUGGAGGGCAUUAUCUUAAAGUGAAAGCCAAACCAGGUGAUGAGCUGAAGGUGGAGCAGGCAGUGAAAGAUUUUAGAUCUUUGAGUCUACCCAUAAUGAGGAACACAGGGGCCACAUCCGCCUACAUCUUCAACCCCGCGGCGGAGAGAUCUGACCAGCCGCCGUUCAAAAAAGAAAACGCGGAUAUCUUGGCUCCUGGAAGAAGGAGGAAAAAUAUGACUGAAUUCCUUGGGGACGCCAAUAUCCCAACUCAAGACUCAGCCCAGAAUUCCAGCUCUUCUCUACCCAACAACGGCUCGGAUACCUGGAAAAAUCGCGCCGCCAGCCGCUUCAGUGGGUUCUUUGGAUCUAGUGUUACUGGACCGUUUGGAAGGGAGAUCGAUAAAAUGGAGCAAUUGGAGAGCAAGCUUCAUUCGUAUAGUAUGUUCGGGCUUCCUAAAUUGCCACAGCAGCUUUGUUUUGAUCAAGAUUCGUGGGAGGAAGAAGAAGAUGAUACUAACUUGAAUCUUGAAGAUAGCUGGCAGGAGAUCAUUGAGGGUCCUGAGAUGUUAACGCGCCGGCAGUGCCACCAGCAGGAGGCCAUCUGGGAACUGCUAUACACAGAAGCCACGUAUAUCAAGAAGCUGAAAGUCAUUACAGAUCUUUUCCUUUGCUGCCUCCUGAACCUUCAAGAUUCAGGGCUCUUAUGUGAGGUGGAGCCAGAGAAGCUCUUCAGCAAUGUUCAAGAGAUCAUCCAACUCCACCGGUCCCUCUGGAGGAACGUCAUGGCGCCAGCACUAGAGAAGGCUAGAAAGACCAAGGGAUUGUUCAACCCAACUGAUUUUGAGAAAGGAUUCAAAAUGUUCGAAUCACUUUUCAAGCCAUACAUCAGAUAUUGUAUGGAGGAGGAAGGGUGCAUGGAAUAUAUGAGAAACUUGCAUCGGGACAACGAGCUCUUUCGAGCUUACGUUACGUGGUCUGAAAAACACAAGCAGUGCAAUCGUUUGAAGCUGAGCGACAUGUUGGUAAAACCACAUCAACGCCUUACCAAAUAUCCUUUAUUGCUCAAGUCAAUCCUGAAGAAGACGGAUGACCCUCAAAUAAGAGAGUCCAUCAUUAUCAUGAUAAACUCAGUGGAACGUUUCAUCAAUCACGUGAACUCACGCAUGCGCCAAAGACAAGAGCAGCAGCGACUGGCAGCCAUCAUCAGCCGCAUCGAUUCCUACGAAGCCGUGGAAAGCAGCACCGACGAGGUGGACAAGAUUUUGAAGGAGUUCUGCCGGCUGGAUUUAACGGCACCCAUGCUUGAAACUUCUCCUGAUGAUACACGACAGCUUCAUCACGAAGGAUGUCUCAAGAUGAAAGAAGGAAAGGACAGCAAGAUGGAUGUGUACUGUUUCCUCUUUACGGAUCUUCUCCUCAUUACAAAACCAGUGAAGAAAGCUGAAAGAACCAAAAUUAUUAGACAACCUUUGAUGGUGGAUAAAAUUGUAUUCCGAGAGCUUAAAGACCCUGGGUCAUUCUUGUUGAUCUACCUGAACGAAUUCCGAAGUGCUGUAGCUGCCUAUACCUUUCAAGCAAGCGGACAACAAUCUUGUAGACGAUGGAUUGAAGAACUUUGCAAUGCGCAGAACCUUUUACAAAGAUUGCGUCAAGAGCAUGUAGAGAACCAGCAACAAGUGCCACAUCUUCAGGAAGAAGAGGAAGAUAUGGAAAGCGGGACCUCGGCAGCCAGUUCCCCCACCAUUCUGCGUAGAGGGAGUACGGAAACGCGACAGAGUCAGUCUGACAGCUCUACAGAAACUAUUUCUGUCGUCGUCAUCGAUGCCAGUGAAGACUUUUCUUCUCCUGAGACCGAACAAGGGCCGUUUGGUUCUCAGUCAGAUGAAACGUCGAUUAGCACUACAGCUUCAUCCACUACACCCACAAGAGACAUGUUUGAAAGCAUGGAGACUUCUGAAUCAAAUUCAGCUAUGGAUUCAAAUUACCUGAAACUGGAGCCAAAUGCAUGUAGAUCUUCAUCGAUAGACAGCGCUUACGGGACACUCUCUCCAACGUCACUGGAAGAGUUUGUAGAACGCCAACAACAAGAAAUGGCGGAAGAAGAGAGAGAAUCUGUCAGUUCCCAUCGUUCCUCUUCUCCAAAACUCCGUAGGCGAACACCUGUACAGCUUCUUCCUUGUAGAACCAAAGUUCUGAAGUCCAAAUCAGAAGCCAAUAUUCUUCAUCUGAUAUCCACAUGCCCUUCAAGUCAUACUAAUGAGGAAUCUCCUCUUACUCAAAGCAAAAGCUUGUGCGAACUCUUUAUGUCACCAAGAUCAGACUGUUUCCUAAAUAUGGAAAGCGACGGCAAUGAGAUGGCUCGGUAUGUUACGCAUAGGACUAGCUUGGUGGAACCUUCACUAAACAAAGUUGACCAGCACAUUGUGAAACCAAGACGUCAGUCUGACUGUUCAAGUAGGAAAGUGGUCAAUUUAAGUAGCUGUAGUAGCAGUUCAUCCGAACUUUCAGAAUCAGAAGACAUCAUCUUUUCAAAAGACGCUGGUCCGGGAAAAGAGGAGGACAAACUACAGGAUCCACUGACGGAACGUGAGCAAAUUAACUCUUUCCAAGACUCUGAGAGUGAUUCUGGCUCACAGCUGUAUAGCGGCUCUUUUUCCGAUCGGUAUGCGGCUGAGGAGAACGAGCGAGAAUUGGACAUUAAUAAUGCUUCUGGUGCUGCGAGAAGAACAAUGUCUGAUCCUCAAUCGUCACAGCACAGGAAGCUCACUUUGGCCCAACUGUACAAAAUAAGAACCACUUUGCUCCUCAACUCCACAUUGACAGCUUCAGAGGUGUAGCUUUACAGAAAAAAAAAUAUCCUGUACAUAUUUCAAGGUAAAUUUGCGUACCUUCGCGGGACAUUUGAUAUUGAGGAUGCCGAAAUGAAUUUGCUCCAGACAUUAAAGAGGACUAUGCCUGAGAAUCAAGAAGUAAAAGGCGGGCGCGUAUUUGUUCCUGCGUGCGCAUGGCUAAAACUGGAUUACUUCUCAGAAAAUUUGGGGCAUUUUUUCCCAGAAUCUCGGGGGAAAAAAACAAGUUAUCAUAUUUGCACUUUGAGAAAACUAAGAGUGAACAAGCCAAAACACACCAAGAGGGUUUAGAAUCUCAAAUAAACAGAAACGGAAAGGCGUUCCUGCGACACGUUAACUAAAACAAGUCAACGAGAAGAUGGAAAGCAAUUGGACAAAAUAAGAAAAAGUACAUACUUUCCAAAUUUUCAUGGCAAAAUCAGUAAUCCCCACGUCAAACACAUUUUAUUUUUUUGCCUGGUUAUUUAAAGAAAUGCUAAUUGUUUCCUACUGGUUACGAAAUACAUUUGAUCUAUACAUUUGUAGAAUUGUACAAUCGCAAUGGAGGAUGACGUUUACUAAGAAACGUACGCGACGGGAAAGCGACGGUUCUGGAGUUUGGAAAUGGAAUCCACAUGGUGCUGGCCUUUUAGAAAACUUGAGUAUGAAGUUGACUUAAGGUUUAAGUAUCUAAUAAAUAUGUAGACAUUGAAA